AUGGCGAAUAGACAAAAAAAGAUUUCUGCAGCCAAAAGAAGAUCAAGUAGUGUACAUUCUAAUCAUGAACAAUAAUAAGUGCACUAAGAAUCUGGAGUAGAGGUAAUAUUGUAAUUAAGUUAGAGUAAAUCAUUGAAAUAUGUAAGAAGCCGGUUUUAUUUAGAAAACCUCAUGAAACUAGAUUAUUAAUAAAUUCCUUUAGAAAUAUCAAAUUUUUCAAGGAAUAAUUUAAUGAGCAUUAUGAAGGUAUGCUAGAAGAUGUAGCAGAAAAUGCAAAAUUGCAUAUUUAUAGCAAAAAUGAGACAAUUAUAAAGUAAGAUACUUAUGGGGAUACUUUUUACAUAAUAAUAAAAGGAUAAGUAAAAGUUGUAAAAAGAGUAGUAACUAAUAUUGGAUCAUAUAUUACAAAAAAAGGAAAAAAAAGAGAUAAAUAUCAUGAAUAAAUAAAAGAAAUUAUGACAUUAAAUGAUGGGGACUAUUUUGGUGAAUUAGCCUUAUUAGUAUAUAUAAAUAUCUAAUAAUAGGAAAGGAAACCAAGAGGAGCAGAUGUUAUUUCAGUCACAGAUUCAUUUAUAUUAGGAUUAGACAAGGAUUCAUUUGACAGAAUAAUGGCUACAAAAACGAAGAGAUAAUUUUUGCAUCUGCUUGAUACUUUGAGUUGCAAUUCAAUUCUAAAAGAAAUAUCAAAAAACACUGUCAAAGCAUUAUUUAUGAUUAUGGAGAGAAAAGUGUAUAAUUAUGGUGAUAUAAUAUAUAAAUAUGGUGAAAAAGGAAGCAGUUUAUAUUUUAUAAUAGAGGGUGAGUUUAAAAUGCUUUCUAAUAUAUAUAAAAAAGAAGAAAAGGACGACAGCAACGAGAUUAAUUGUAUUGAGCGAGAAUCAGAAAUUUGUAUUUUAGGAAAAAACGAAACUAUUGGGCUUGAAGAAUUUUUAGAUGAAGAAAAGAGAUAAUGGAAAGCCAUAUGUGCAAGUUAAAUUGGAAUAGUAUAUAAGUUGAAUAGAAUUGAUUACAAAAGAAUAGAAUAACGAUAUCCAGAUAUUGUUGAUGCCAUACAAAAGAUUCGAGAUGAAAAGAAAAGAUAUUAUAAUGCUUGGAAAGAGAAACAUGCUAAUCCUUUAGAAGCUGGAUAGUAGAAGCAUUUAUAGAAUGAGGAUAACGAAAAAUUUGAUUACUAAAAAUAUGUUGAAAGAUCAAAAUAAUUGAAAUAGAUUAUAAUGAAUGACAAAGAGAUGCAGUUCAUAUCUAGAGAUUAAGUCACAAUUAAUGAUGACAUGGAUAUAAUGUUGAGAUAUUGUCCAUAUUUUUAAUUAGGGGUAUUGUUUUCUUAAUUUUUAGGACAAAAAAGCUACUCCAUUUUUAGUGAAUACAAUCGAAACAAUUUAAUAAAGAAGAGUUAAAAGUGCUAAUUAUAGGCCAUUAUCUUCAGUUAAUUAAGGAGCCAUAUAAUAGCAUUAUAGACCAAGCACAGGCAAAUUAUUAACUCAAAGAAAGGAAGAAACAGAAAUAAAUAAGGCCAAUGUUGCUGAAUCCUAACCAACCAUUACUAAUAAUUAAUAUUUAACUACAUAGCCAGAAGAAAAUAAAUAAAAGUCAGUUCAUAAUUCGAAAGCAUUUAUGGUUACUUCAACCCCAACUUAAGAAUAGGAGUCAAAAAAAAUUACAAUUAAAAAAAAAGCAAGAACAUAUAAUGAUGUUAUACAAAAUAAGAUAAUUUUCUUUAUGAAAUUAACUCCUUAAAAAAUAGAAUAAAUGGCGAUUUAGUAAAGGAUAGAUAAGGAAGAAUUUAAAGAUAAAAAAUUAUACAUUACAAAUUACCCUUCUAGAACUCCCAAUUAAAUGUUAACAAGAAUUAAAUCAGCAGUAAAGCUAUAACCUUAGAAUAACUCAAGUUAUCGUUCUUAACAAGGGUAAAUUAGGAGAGGAAUAGCAAGUAGUGUAAACUUAUUGAGUUCGGUUGAAUCAAUUCCAGUAGGAGAAUGCUCAAGAAUACAUUCAACUAAAAAUUCAACAGGACUUAAUCUUGAUAGCUCUGCUCUUCCUUUGAAAUACUAAGCUGAUAUGAUAGGAAGAUAGUUUAUGUAAAGAAAUAAACAAGCAACACCAACAUCGGCAUUUAAAGGAUUUGGCCGGUAAAAAUAUAAGUAAUUAUCAACAGAAUAUUGA